AUGAGCGACGUUAGUAGUAGUGAUAUCGGGUCUAGAUCCCGUACAACUAGUAUAGAUUCUCAGAUGUAUGCAAUUCCGGCUCCCGAGUCUCCUGUGUCCACAGGAAGUAGCAGUGAUGGUGAAGAAGAAGUAGAACAAGACGAGUUGGAAAGCGUUGAAGACUUGGAAAACGAGCAAGUCGGACGUGAUUGGCUAGCACGACCGCUGGAUGCCCCUGUUUUCGAUGUUUCGCGGUAUAUUUUCCAAUCGUUGGCACAUGCGUUGAACAGUGCGGACUUCGCUCAAGCCAUAGCUAUACAAACUAGAACCGCAGGCAUCAUCAAUUCUCGAAGUAGAGAACUCGCACAGUUGGUAGACACAUUGCAACAACGACUGCCGCACCUAGAGGCCCGGUUUGCCCGGGGGUCCCAAGUAGCUCGACAAAUCCAUCGUCGUCUGGAAAGGUGCAGUGGACGGGUGAAGCAGGUGGAAAAAGUGUUCGAGAAAGGGUAUCCAAUUGAGUAUCAGCAAGCAAAAGAAGAGGUUGAGCGGGUCAUAGAGCGGUGA